AUGAAAGGACUUGAUUUACAAGGAGAAAAUGUACUUCGUUUCUAUACAACCAAUUGGAAACAUUAUCGAGUUUGUAGUAGAGUAACAGAUGGUGUUUGUAAAAAUUUAAAUCGACAUUGGCCACGGCAAGAAUAUUAUUUAGAAAGAACAGAUGUUGAUGAACUUCUUACUAUGGCAAUGAAAAUUUGGCAGUUAGUCUUUUUCCAACCAUUGAAUAGACAAGUUACUUCAGCAUGUCUUCAAUUAAUCAAAGCUGAACGUCAAAAUAAAGAAAUUAACACACGAUUAAUUAGUGGAAUUAUAAAAAGUUAUGUCGAACUUUGCUUCACCGAAAAUUCAUGUGUAUCAAUUACCAGUUAUCAAAUAACAUCUCCAACAUUGGCAAUUUAUAAAGAAUAUUUUGAAAUACCAUUUCUUCAAGAUACAGAACAAUUUUAUCGACUUGAAGCAGCUAAUUUUAUUCGUGAGCAUAAUUCUGUUAUUGAGUAUCUCAAAAAGGUAGCUCAACGUCUUGAUGAAGAAAAGCAUCGUGUACAGUCAUAUUUACGUUCAUCAACAUUAGAACCAUUAAUUAAAAAAGUUGAAGAAGUCCUUAUUCGUGAUCAACUUGAAGCUAUUUAUACUGGAGAAAAAGCACUUUUACCUGACGAAAAAUAUUCAGAUUUGGCACUUCUAUUUAAAUUAGAUCCAAAACUUUAUGUUGAAACAAUUCUUGAAAUUCAUACAAAAUUCUUCCAACUUGUACAAGAAGCUUUUAGUAAUGAACAAGAUUUCACGGCUGCUCUUGACAAAACUUGUGGUAAAUUUAUUAAUAACAAUGCAGUAACAACAGCUACUGGUAAUACGACAAAAUCACAUGAAUUAUUAGCUCGUUAUUGUGAUGCACUCCUACGAAAAGGAAGUAAAGCUGUAGAAGAGACAGAUCUCGAAGAAAAAUUCAAUCAAAUUAUGCAAGCAUGUGGUUUUAAAUAUACAUCAAAAUUAGAACGAAUGUUUCAAGAUAUUGGUGUUAGUAAAAGUUUAAUUGACCAAUAUCGAACAUAUUGUGAAAAGCUUAGACUUGAUGAUAUUGUUGAUUUUUCUGUUAUGGUUCUCAGUUCAAAUUCAUGGUCGUUUUCUGCGCCACCAAAUUUUGUUUUACCAGUUGAACUUAAAACAACAUUUGUGAGUUUUACUAAGUUUUAUACUCAACAACGUAAUGGUCGUAAAUUAACAUGGCUUCAUCAAUAUUCAAAAGGAGAUUUACAAACAUUAUAUACUAAACCAAAAUGUAUUUUAUAUCUAAGUAUUGAUUUAGUCUAUGAAAUAAUUUUCUUUG